UGCUGGUCGUUCGAACAGGGGGACCAAACGAGUCCUCGAUUAUCCUCUCCACUUCUCAUCUGUCAUCUCCCACUCGAGUUCGGAACUUCGGAUUAUCUUGUUUUGUCUUGUUGUCUUCUGCACUUUGGCAUCAUAUGUAGAUAUCGGCAGGGUCUGACGAAAAAGAGAAGCAGAGUUUGAAUAAUCCCGACAAACGAAAAUCGCUGUAAUGGGGAGCCACGGCCACCUUACGGAUGCGCCCCCUCCGCGGCGGCAAACCACCCCUCCUUCUCCCGAAAUGGGUCAAAUGGUUUGUGGAACCUGUCGUUGUCUUCUUUCUUAUCCUCGAGGUGUCAGAUAUGUUAAAUGCGCACAGUGUCGGACAGUCAAUCUUCUGCUAGAAGCUCAUCAGGUUGGGCAAGUUAAAUGUGGGAAUUGUUCCGUGUUGCUGAUGUACCCUUAUGGGGCUCCAUCAGUUAAGUGUUCUUGUUGCCAUUCUGUGACAGAAAUUGGGGAGCACAACAAAAGACCUCCACUUUCUGUACAACAGGGCCAACCUUCCCCACUUCCAAACCCUAACCAAAGAUGAUGUUUCCUCAAAAUAUUUGGGCGUUGAAUGUGUUUUUGCAUGAUUCUACAUCAUCCAGUGGGUCCUAUUUUUUGUAAAAGUUUUAGUAGUAUGGUUGAUGUGAAAAUCCAAGUGUGGUUGUUCUUGAUGGUCCACAAUAUUUCUUUCAGCUGCGUUAAGGAAUGUAAAGGAUUGGAUAGGAACAAUAGACUGGAUACAAAUUUCAAGUA